GAUAUGUACAUUCUUCUUCCCAAGAUUCUCUUCUUUUCACGAAGCCCUUCACUUUUAAAUUAUAAAUUAUUCGCAUGUCUCAGACCCUUUAACCCUCUCUCUCUCUCUCUCUGCUUUUUAAGAGUUCCUAUCUGUUUCUGAGUUCUCUUCCUUUGAAGCUCAAAUGGAAACAAAAGCGGAACAACCCAAAGAAGCCGAGGAACACGCACAAGUACAUGUGUUGAGAGUCUCCAUCCACUGCCAAGGUUGCCUAAGGAAAGUCAAGAAAAUUCUACAAGCCCUAGACGGGGUUCACGACGUGGACAUUGAUUUGAGGCAACAAAAAGUAGUAGUGACGGGAAACGUUAACAGCGAGACGUUGAUUAAGAAACUGACCAAGGCGGGGAAGCAUGCAGAGUUAUGGCCCCAAAAACCAGAUUCCAAAAAGAAAAAACAAGACAAACAAAGCGACCAUGAAAGCAGCGAAGGAAUUAACCAAGACGAUACAGAGCCUGUUCAAGUUGAAGCCCCUGCCACUGAUGAUAACAACGUUAAAAACAGCGAGGGACGCGCUGGGGCUAACGUUAACAAAGCCAACGAAUUACCAUGCGCCACCGGUAAAACCGCUGUUCAGUUUCAGGAACCCACAAAGCACGAGGUGAGGCACACCGUCAUAGUACCACCGCCGGAACCGGUAACCAAGAAAAACGUCAGCAUCGCAGUUCAAGUUCCUAACGACAAUGAAGCAACCGCGAAUGAUAAUGAUAAUAAAACCGGUGUUGCCGGUGGCGGUACUGCAGGGAAAAAGAAGAAAAAGAAGGUGACCGGGAAAGCGGGUAAUAUUAAUAUUAAUAAUAACAACGAGGGUGCUAGUGCUAGUGCUAGUUUUACGGUUGAACAACAUAGUGAUGCCCCUGCAAACGGUGAUUCCGGUAACCAGUCACACGUUCAUGGGCGAGGAGUUCAAGUUCCAUUUUCGAGGCCAGCCAAUGAGAGUCCUCCACGUCAUCAGAUUUACCGUGAGUACGCACCCCCACCGCAUUACUAUGCUCCUCCUCCACUUGUUCAUACGGUGAGCUAUCAUACGGCGCAUCCAAGUAGCAGCUACGGUGCAGCGUAUUACGCCUCUCCACAACCGUAUUCGUACGCCCACGUGGUGCGCCCAGGGAACGAAAUGGAACCUCCACCACCGUAUAUGUACGAACCGGAAUCGUAUACUUAUACUUCAUCGCAGCGGUCUAAUUCGUUCGAGCUAUUUAGCGAUGAGAAUCCUAAUGCGUGCUCACUCAUGUGAGUCUGAGACCUAUUGCGCUCAAUCAUUGCUUUACGCAUACAACUUGUAUCACCAUCGACUCAUUUUUUAAAUAUACAAGAAUAUAUCAACUUGGAGGGCCCUAGAAGCCAAUCUCCAGAAGAAGCUGAGUGUAUUGUGAGGUGGAAUUGACAUUUUUCAGAGGAGAAUGAAAACGCUUUAAAUUUUUGUUAAACAUAUAUAAACAUGAGCUUCGUUGGGCAGGUUUCCUUUUGAAUACAAUUGGUACUUUAGUAGUUGCUUUGCAAUAUACAUUUUGCCUUUCUUAGCUAAUUAUGCUGUUAAGGAAUUUUCAGCUGUCCCUCGAGAGUAAGGCUUGUGUAAACUUCCUUUGAAAGCAAAAGUCUUCUAGUGUGAAAAGACUUAUCAACAUCUUUAGGAGGGAAAAAAAAAGUUUAAUUAUUUCUUUGGGUAAUUACUUU